CUUAACGGUUGCUACGCGGACUAUUCCAUGCAGGCUCUACUCUUGGGGGUGAACGGGACUCGACGCACAGACUGUGUAGGCAUUUCAGGACCCUUCCCGUAAUAUUCACAUCACAGCUUUACGAAGAUGUCUAAGAGAUUUUGAUUGGGGAUUAACAACCUGUUAUUGGUGCCCAUUCUCGGGAGAAGAUACUCUUGCAUAGCCUGUCCACCUCCGCCGUUUAGUUGGAACCACUUUCUUGGGCGGAAGUCUGCGGCGCGCCAGAUCCUGGGCUGGAGCUCGGAGAAAUGGCGGUCCCGGGUGAGGCGUUGGGUUCCAACACCAUCUUAUUCUUGGCCCUAACAAUCACAAUCAUCCAGGCCCUAACACCCAGCCACUACCUCACUCAGCGUGAUGUUGAACGAUUGAAAUCCUCUUUGAAUCAGCCAUUCUCAGAUUUGGAAACUGCUUUCUACUCCAUCGUGGGACUCAGCAAGCUUGGUGCACAAGUGUCUGACGUAAAGCAAGCCUGUACCUUCAUCAAAUCCAACCUAGAUCCCAACAAUCUUGACUCUCUUUUCUAUGCUGCACAGUCCAGCCAGGUCCUUUCAGGGUGUGAGAUUUCUAUUUCCAAUGAGACCAAAGAUCUGCUCCAUGCAGCUGUGAGUGAAGAUUCAUCAGUCUCCCAGAUCUACCAUGCAGUUGGAGCCCUCAAUGGCUUUGGCCUUCCUUUGGCAUCUCAAGAAGCACUCAGUGCUCUCACUGCUCGUCUUAGUAAGGAGGAAACAGUAUUGGCAACUAUUCAGGCUUUACAGACAGCCUCAUAUUUAUCUCAGCAAGCUGAUCUGAGUGGCAUCGUAGAGGAGAUUGAGGACCUUGUUGCUCGUUUAGAUGACCUGGGUGGAGUGUAUCUACAGUUUGAAGAAGGCUUAGAGCCCACAGCAUUAUUUGUUGCUGCCACCUACCAGCUCUCAGACCAUGUGGGAACAGAGCCACCCUUUAAGGAGGAUCAAGUAAUCCAGCUGGUGAACGCAGUUUUCAGCAAAAAGAAUUUUGACUCUCUCUCUGAAGCCUUCAGUGUUGCUGCUGCUUCUGCUGCAUUUUCUCAGAAUCGCUAUCAUCUGCCUCUCGUCAUUGUUGCUGAGGGCUCCGCUUCGGUGUCUCACCAGCAGCCUGUUCUCCGGCUGCAAGUUACUAAUGUUAUGUCACAGCCACUGGCUCAUGCUUCUGUCACGUUGGAACGUGCUAAGUCUUCCUCUACUAAGAACACAGUCUUACAGCAGACUGCCUUCGCUCCUUCAGGAGAUAGUUUCGAUCUGAAUUUCAUGAAUGUGAAGCCUGCCAGUGGUUACUAUGACUUCUCUAUCAACGUUGAAGGUGAUAGCCGCUACAUUGCAAAUGUUGUAGAGCUCAAAGUCAAGGUCUCCACUGAAGUUGGCAUCACAAAUGUGGAUCUUUCAACUGUGGAUAAAGAUCAGAGCAUUGCACCCAAAACCACACGGGUGGCCUACCCAGCUAAAGGAAAGGGCUCAUUCACCGUUGACAGCCACCAGAACUUUGCCUUGUCCUUCCAGCUGGUUGAUGUAAAUACUGGUGCUGAGCUUACCCCUCACCAGACAUUUGUCCGUCUCCACAACCAGAAAACUGGUCAAGAAGUGGUGUUUGUUGCUGAACCAGAUAGCAAGAACGUGUACAAGUUUGAACUGGAUACAUCUGAAAGAAAGAGUGAGUUUGACUCUGCUUCUGGUACUUACACCCUCUACUUGAUCAUUGGAGAUGCCACCCUGGAGAAUCCAAUCCUCUGGAAUGUGGCUGAUAUAGUCAUUAAAUUCCCUGAAGAAGAUGCUCCGUCUACUAUCCUGUCCAAGAACCUUUUCACCCCUAAGCAGGAAAUUCAGCACUUGUUUAGAGAGCCAGAGAAGAGACCACCCACUGUAGUGUCCAAUACAUUCACUGCCUUGAUCCUUUCUCCCUUACUCUUGCUCUUCAUUUUGUGGUUUCGGCUUGGGGCCAACAUUUCCAACUUCACCUUUGCUCCCAGCACCAUUAUCUUUCACCUGGGACACGCUGCUAUGCUUGGCCUCAUGUAUGUCUAUUGGACUCAACUCAACAUGUUCCAGACCCUGAAGUACUUGGCCAUCUUGGGGAGCAUCACAUUCCUGGCAGGCAACAGAAUGCUGGCCUACAAAGCAGUAAAGAGGAUCGCUGCAGAACAGAGCAGUAGAUUGGCAAAAUAUAGGACACUACGGGUCGAGAACAUCAAAGCAAAUCGUCAAGCCAAGGGAACAAUCAGGAGUCGGGGUCAGGUAACCAGCCCGGGGUCGGAGAUCCGGAGAGCAGGAUCUGGAGUGAAGCAGAGGCAGCAAACAGGAAGCGAGGACAGGAGCACAGGAGAUCAGGAUCAGGUCGCCAAGGCAACAUCAGGAACACUGGAGAGCGGAGUCGGGUUGCUAAGCCAAGGUUAGGAACAGAGAUCAUAGUCAGGAGGGGUAGGGGAAGCAUAGAGAUAGAAGUUUAACUUCUAGUUGGGGGGGGAAAUGCAGUUCAUCAGCAAAAUAGAGAGUAACUAGAGGCCCUCAAUACCUAACUGAAUCUGCUGGUGCCUUCUCCGCUUCACCCUAGCUUGACAGGCUAAUCUCUGUAUUCUCGACCUACCUGUUUUCCCCCUGGGCUUUAACAUGCACUGAGAGGUAGUAAUAGGAAGAAAAAACUUCUUAGGAUUCAAGGAUAUUAUCUUUUUGUCCCCUUGUGCUACUCCCUUUCCUCCUUUCCUCCCCUCCUCUUUAUUUCUCUCUCCCUUCUCCCUACCACAUUUAUCAGCUAUUCAAUGGAAAUCAACCGACCACCCUUUAUUCUUAGGCUAAUAUUUGACUUUGGGGCAUCAGCAGACAGUUUCCAGGCAGAACUUCUUAGCUAAGAACUCAUUUUGUUCACACCUAUACUUCUCAUUAAUCUGCCUCUUCAUUGCUUAUCCUAUCCUCUCCCCACUUUCCCAUAAACCGGGCAGAAACAUUGGGCUUAAAAAAUGCUUGGUUGAAUAAGGGCGCUUUCCUUGCAUGCUCAUGCUGCUGUCUGCAUGUCAGUUUCCAUGUGAACAUAUUCCAUCUCUUGUCAUAGGAAGGAGGGAUGGAUUAGAAGCCAAAUCAGAAAUGGAGAGUCCUUUGGAUAUGUUGGAUUUGGCUGCCCCUUUGGUUACUUGUGGUUUACUAAGGAAAGACUGCUAAGUGUUUGUACCUGCCCUUGGAGUUUGUUUCUUCAUUAGAUUCCUAACCCUCUCUGUAAUUGAAUCUUCACAAUGUUGAGUCCUCAGUGCUCUGUAGAACUACAGAGUGGAAGAUGGGAUUCUUCUGAACUUUCCUUUUUCCGUGACAGAGCUGGACUGAUUUGAUCACUUGAAUAUAUAUCCCACUGGUAAUGUGGCUGUAGCCAGGGCUGGAAUUGUUGCCUAUUGUGCUUUCCUGUUACUUUUGCAAACUGGGAAAAGGGCCACAGGGAAGGAGGGAUUGUGAUUACACAGUAAAAUCUCAAGUGUUUUUCUGAUGAGAUUUUGUUCCAGUGAGCCAGCUUCCAUUCCCUAGAAGCCAGACUUUCCUUGGCUUGGAAGCAUAGCUGGUCCAGUGGCAACUCGUAGGGGGUUUUGACUCCCUUAAUACUUCCAUACAUAAGACAUUGUUUGGCAAGUUGGAGUCAACAAGAUCCAGGCCAAGUGUUCUUUAACCGUUUCAUCUGUUCUCUUGCUUUUCCUCUUGUUGAGAUUCACCCUGUAUUUGGGGGCUGCAUUGGGUGUAGUGUCACUGGCAACAUCUUGUCUCUUUAUAUUUCCACAUCCCAUUCUUCAUAUGUGUUCAUUUUCUGUGUUUAUGACCUUAAGAAACAGGAUCUUUCAGUGUCAAAGAUGCUUGAUCACCUGGUUGUCAUUAGGUAGGAAAUGCAACAGCAAAUUAAGACCUGGGAUAAUUUUGUAU